CGAGCCGAGAAGUAGAAGCUGAACUGUCGCCUCCCACGACAGCACACACGGGAGGGGGCGCACCACUUCGGCGGCGGCGGCGAAAAAGGAGAGGAAAGGCGGCCGCUUUUCCCCGCACCCACCACGCCGCCGGCAGUGCGGCAGGAAAGUGUCGCGCCUUCAUAUUCCAGCAUAAUCAAACAUGUCAGAGAGCUGGGAUGUGCCACUCGGUGACAUCAACGGAAGUGCCACUACUCAGGGUGAACGAAGCUUGGGUGAGCCACUCAGUCACAGCAACGGAAGUGUUGCUACUCAGGAUGAACAGAGCUUGGGUGAGCCACACAGCGACAGCGACGGAUAUGCCAUUAUCCAGGGUGAACCUUCUUCGGACGGAGAUGAGUUAAUCAUCGUGGAUGAGAUGGACUCCUUGUGGGACGAUGUCAAUACCAUGGUUGAUUUCUCAACAUUCGUGACGUACUCUGUUGUCAAAGGCUUUGUAAAGGAUGUGGAAAAAGAAGUAGUUCAGCAGAUUGCUUCCAAGGAUGAACAGAUAAGGCUGCUGCGCAAAAGGAUGCUGUAUCUGGGAAAUGGAAGCUUAAGUUUGUAUGAGGGCCGGGAUAGAAAAUAUGAUGAAGUUUAUAGUAUUCGCCAGCAGCUUGAUGACAUUUCGAAGUCACUCUUGAAUUCUGAGUGGGGGCUCCCAGGGUCGCAGUAUAACUCCCAAGGUGCAGAAGAUGUUAGUAAACAUAGAGGCAAGGAGCAAUUCUCUAGAAAUGGCCCAACAAAGAAUGAAACUCCUGAAGCCCCCUCUAAAGAGGUUUUUGUUGAUCCUUCAUGUCUGACGCACAUGGAUAGAAAUGCUUUGAUAGCCCAUUUCAAUAAAGAGAUGACUAACAUGAAAAGGCAGCAUGAUAAGGAAGUGGAAGGAAAGACAGAAGAGAUAUUUGCACUCAAGCGAAAACUCCUGAAUAAAGAAGGAUCUAACCCAUUGCAUUUACGGCACAAUAAAGAAUUUGAGCAAGUGAGGAAGAAAAUUGCAGAAGUUGUGAUGAGAUUGGAUGGGCUUCUCUUGGAGAAUAAUAAGAGAACCACUUCUGGCAUCAAGGCAGAAAUACUUGCUGUUGCUAGCCAACAAGACAAGAGCAAUGCUAUAGAUUCUGAAAUCCAGCAACUGCAAGGUACUGCCACUAAUAAUCAAGAGGCAGCAUGUGGUUUUCCAACCCAGGCUUCACAAUUUGCAUCCAUAGAGGCAGAUCAUGCAAAGAAAAUUGGAAUGUUAGAAUCUGAUAUUGAAGAUGCCAGGAUUGCCGCCAUCAUUAGAGAAGGGAUAGAAGUUAUUGUACUAAGAGAGUUCGUUAACGAUAUAAAAAUAGGGUUGCAUGGUAAUGAGAUGGAGAAUAACAUGAAGCAAGACAUUUGCUCAGUCAUUCAGAAUGAAGCUGUAGCAGAAGCAGUGCUAAACCUAAAUUCUUCGUUGUUGAAGUACAAUGAGGAAAAAAGCUGUGCCAAAGCAGCAUCAGCUCUACAAAAGCAGGAGAUUGAGAAUCUGAAGAUAACUGUUAACUCUUUCAGUAAAGUAGUAAGGGAAAAAGAGGCAUUUGUGUGUCAGAUAGAAUUGGGAGCAAUGAAGGGUCAUGUGGAUUUAUUAUUCCAUCAACUUGAUUUACUUACAGACAAAGUGGAAAAGCAAGACUCCUGUAUAGCUGAAAAGAACAAGGACUUUGAUAUCAUUGUAGGCAGGUUGGAGCAAGCUCUGCAGCAUGUUCAUCAAAAUGAGAACAAUUUGAGGGAGUUACAUGAUAGGUUUAGAAAUGCUACAGACUCUCUAAAGGAGGUGGAGAACCAAAAUCAUUAUUUACGUAACAUCGUCGAAGAGAAGGAGAAGACAUUCACAUCAACCAUUUAUAAAGAAAAGGAGUUCAAAGAACGCAUGACAAGUCUUGUUGGAUCUAUGAGAGAGUUCGAAAAAAAAAUUACGGAUCAGCAAACAAUCAUUGCAAAUAAAGUUCAGCACAGUGAAUCAAGGUUUUGUUUAUUGAAAGACCAAUGUAAGCACCUCACAAAAGAAGUCAAUCUUUUAAAAAAGAAAGCAUUGUGGUAUAAGGAGAUAUCUGAGACAAAAGGCUCAAAUCUUCAGAAAGCUGAGCUUGAGGUGGAUUUACUUGGUGAUGAGGUUGAGACCUUGACGGAUCUUCUUGCAAAAAUUUACAUUGCACUCGACCACUAUUCCCCGGUUUUGCAACACUAUACUGGAGUUAUGGAGACUUUGAACAUGAUCAGGAAACACAUCAGCAUAGCAAAGUAAAGUGCCCAUGCACAUCUAUCUAUAUCAGCUUGUCUAAUGUUAACAGCAACCUCGAGUUUUAUUGGCCAGAAGAUGGAGUUCAGGCGGUCCGCGGUAACUCUUGUAGACGUCCCUUGCUGUAGAACCAAGGGCUAGAGGUAGUGCAAAGUAGCUUGAUCCCCCUCUUUAGGCAGUAUUUUUUUAGCACUUUGUAAAUGACCGUGACCGUGGUUAGUACUUGUGUUUGGCUGUGAUGUGAUGCUAUGGGCUUUAUCACCUGCUGGUCUGCAAAUGGGAGAUUGUCAAGUAGAAGCUCUUGAUUGACCAGCAACGACGGUUUUGGGGUGCUAGUUUUCAGAUGUUUUUGUGGCUGAAGAUGAUGUAUGGCGUUUAUGUGCGAGUUUGACCACCUGUGGUGGUAAUAUUAAUAUGAUGAUGUGUUUGUGUUCCAGGAAA